AUGGCUUUUGGGAUGAAUAACAAGCUGCGCAUUAAUACUGCUCUGGUUGCAUUUAUGCUGCUGCUACUGCUGCUGCUAUUCAUCGUCGUAUGCAUAGCUGAUGAUGGUACAGGAACAGGAGGAGUUAAUGACAAAGUUGCAAGUCUUGUUGAAGAUGAAGCCGCCAAGACCAAAACUACCAAAACCAAAACAAAGCAAGAGACUAAUCUCAUGAGGGGAGAAGACUUGGACUUACUGGUCAUGGAUUACACCCCAGCUAGAAAGAAGUCCCCCAUUCAUAACUAA